CACAUUGUUAAAGCAAGUUACCUGCCUUGUCAAACUAACUCUUCCUAAUCUCUCUGUCUUCAGAUGUGACACUUACAUAGAGGUUGUUGGAGUUAAUGGGUAUACCCUGCAUCUGUGCCCUGUAGUUGCCAUGACGACUAAGAAUGUAGAUAACAAACUAGUACCUGUCACUAUGACAGGUGCUCAUACCAUGCUAUUCUCUACUAAGCUAGAUGAGCGUUGGUUGAUGUGCAGUGGCAAGUCUACCUGGCAACCUUUCAGUCAAUUAGCUCAUUUAACGGACUCCACUACACUACACAGCACAGUAGUGUUGCUGAGUGAGUUACGAAUGCUGCACUCACUGCACCUAACCCUGGAGGACUGUGUAGCACUUGUUAACACUGCAAUAAAGGAGCACUCACUAGACACUGGCUACACCGGAUCUCUGCCUCUACACCACUCCUUCACUCUUACUCUACGCUUACUACUCCAUACUCUACAGAGUAGUAGAGUGAUACGACAUCCGAAGACAAAAGACAUAGCACUAAGGAAGUUGGUUUUUGGUCGGUCCCACAAGUACGACGGAUAUGUCAGAGACAUCGUCAAGGUGUGUUUAAUGUUCCUCAGAAUGGAGCAGGUAGAGGAGUUCUCAGGUCUCUUCCCUCCAACUCCUCUCAGUUCUCUGGGUCAAUAUGAAGAGAGCACCAGCAGUAGUGAGGAGGAGGAGGAGGAGGAGGAGGAGUUAUCUGAUUCUGUAAUCAGUGAUAUGGACGAUGAGGAGGAAAUAAUGGAUCUGAACGGUUUGUAA